AUGGAAAUGCUGAAUUUCACUGAUGUGACGGAAUUUAUUCUUUUGGGGUUGACCAAUCGUUGGGAGUGGCAAGUGCUCUUCUUCAUCAUGUUUCUUGUGGUCUACAUCGUCAGGGUGCUGGGCAAUAUUGGCAUGAUCGUGUUAAUUAAGGUCAGUCCGCAGCUUAGCAGCCCCAUGUACUUUUUCCUGAGCCAUCUGUCAUUUGUUGAUGUGUGGUUUUCAUCCAAUGUCACCCUGAAGAUGCUGGAAAACCUAUUAUCAGAGACAAAAGCCAUUUCUUACGCUGGCUGCUUGGUACAGUGUUUCUUCUUCAUUGCUCUUGUCCACGUGGAAAUUUUCAUUCUUGCUGUGAUGGCGUUUGACAGAAACAUGGCAAUUGGGAAGCCCCUGCUGUAUGGAAGCAAAAUGUCCAGGGCUGUCUGUAUUCGGCUGAUUUCUUUCCCUUACAUAUAUGGCUUUCUGACUAGUCUGGCAGCAACGUUAUCGACGUAUGGCUUGUACUUCUGUGGAAACAUUGAGAUCAACCACUUCUGCUGUGCUGACCCAGCGCUCAUCAAAAUGGCCUGCGCUGGGACCGCCAUUAAAGAAUACACCAUGCGCGCGUUAGCAGGCCUCAACUUCUCCUACUCCCUGACUGUAGUUAUCAUCUCUUAUCUUUUUAUUCUCAUUGCCAUUGUACGAAUGCGUUCAGCGGAAGGGAGGAGAAAAGCCUUUUCCACCUGCGGGUCCCAUCUGACAGCUGUGAGCAUAUUUUAUGGUACCCUGAUUUUCAUGUAUCUCCGACGCCCCACGGAAGAGUCUGUGGAACAGGGUAAGAUGGUGGCCGUCUUCUACACCACGGUGAUCCCCAUGUUAAACCCCAUGAUCUACAGUCUGCGGAACAAGGAUGUGAAAGAAGCCAUGCACAAACUAAUUAAUAGAGCAUAUUUGAAAAAUCAAAGUAAAAUUUGA